AUGGUUCUUCAUUUGAACUCCUUUCUUGGCUUCCCUGUCAUACUCCUGUACCAUUGGAUGGGUCCAACUUUACCUCUGAAUCUGGAAGAUCCCAAUGUGUGUAGCCACUGGGAAAGUUACUCAGUUACAGUGCAAGAGUCAUAUCCUCAUCCUUUUGAUCAAAUUUACUACACCAGUUGUACUGACAUCCUAAACUGGUUUAAGUGCACACGACACAGGAUCAGUUACCGUACUGCCUACAGACAUGGGGAGAAAACGAUGUACAGGCGUAAAUCCCAGUGCUGCCCUGGAUUCUAUGAAAGCAGGGAAAUGUGUGUCCCUCAUUGUGCUGAUAAAUGUGUCCAUGGUCGUUGUAUUGCUCCAAACACCUGUCAAUGUGAGCCUGGCUGGGGAGGACCCAACUGCUCCAGUGCAUGCGACAGUGACCACUGGGGACCUCACUGCAGCAGCCGCUGCCAGUGCAAGAACGGAGCCUUGUGCAACCCCAUCACUGGAGCCUGCCACUGUGCCUCGGGGUUCAAGGGUUGGCGCUGCGAGGAGCGCUGCGACCAGGGCACCUACGGGAACGACUGCCACCAGAAAUGCCAGUGCCAGAACGGAGCCACCUGUGACCACGUGACGGGAGAGUGCAGGUGUCCUCCUGGAUACACCGGGGCCUUCUGUGAGGACCUCUGUCCCCCUGGGAAGCAUGGCCCACAGUGCGAGGAGAGGUGCCCGUGCCAGAACGGAGGCGUCUGUCACCACGUCACCGGGGAGUGUGCCUGCCCGCCAGGAUGGAUGGGCAUGGUCUGUGGUCAGCCUUGUCCUGAGGGUCGUUACGGAAAGAACUGCUCCCAGGAGUGCCAGUGCCACAACGGAGGGACCUGUGACUCAGCGACUGGUCAAUGCCACUGCAGCCCAGGUUACACAGGGGAACGAUGCCAAGAUGAGUGUCCAGUGGGGAGUUACGGAGUGCAUUGCGCAGAGACCUGCAAGUGUGUGAAUGGUGGGAAGUGUUACCAUAUUAGUGGUGCCUGUCUCUGUGAACCAGGGUAUACUGGAGAGCACUGUGAAACCAGGCUCUGCCCAGAGGGAAUUUACGGCCUCAAGUGUGACAAGAAGUGUCCCUGCCACAUGCCCAACACCUGGAGCUGUCACCCCAUGUCUGGGGAAUGCUCCUGCAAGCCUGGCUGGUCUGGGCUCUACUGUAACGAGACGUGUUCCCCGGGAUUCUACGGAGAGUCGUGUCAGCAGAUCUGCAGCUGCCAAAACGGUGCUGACUGUGACAGUGUGACUGGAAAAUGCACCUGUGCCCCUGGAUUUAAGGGUGUUUCUUGUGGUACUCCUUGUCUUCCUGGGACAUAUGGAAUAAACUGCUCAUCUGUGUGCAACUGCAAAAACGAAGCCAUGUGCUCCCCAGUAGAUGGUUCCUGUGCCUGCAAAGCAGGUUGGCAUGGUGUGGAUUGCUCAAUAAAUUGUCCCAGUGGUACCUGGGGGCUUGGCUGUAACCUGACCUGCCAGUGUCUUAAUGGAGGGGCUUGCAAUGCUCUGGAUGGAACCUGUACCUGUGCCCCAGGAUGGAGAGGAGAAAAAUGUGAACUCCCUUGCCAGGUAGUUUAAUAAUUUCACUGGAUUUUGC